ACCCCAAUCAGUCGAAUUUUCGAUUUCCAGCCAAUUUUCUUCGAUUUUUACCAAAAAUUACACAAUUUUAAAGAAAUUCAAGAGCCUCAAGGCAUCAAUUGAACUCGUCUGUCUACGAAUUGCAUGUUAGAAUCCCCACAAAAGCCGUAGUUUUUACCAAAUCAUGCUGCAAAGUUGAAGCAAGUGUUCUGCACGACGAAACCAAACAAAAAUAAACCAACAAUUUUGCGGAAAUUUUUGUGUUAAACGCUCUCGAUGCAGCCAGACUACACGCUAACGAAGAAACUUUUAUUCAUUGUUUGUUUUUUACUCAUUAUUUAUUACCUCAAGUUGUAUUUCUGGGAAAGUGCUUAGAGAGUUUGCGAAAAAAAAUCGGAAAAUGUCGAAGAAACGAGUGUCGUACUUCUUCAACGAAAGUGUCGGGAACUUUCAUUAUGGUCCGGGGCAUCCAAUGAAGCCGCAUAGAUUGUCUGUCAUCCAUCAUCUCGUCAUGAAUUACGGCUUGCACAAGAAAAUGAAGAUUUAUCGACCGUACAAGGCGAAUGCCCAUGACAUGACUCGCUUCCAUUCCGAAGAAUACAUUGAAUUUCUGCAAUCUGUGACGCCACAGAACAUCCAACAGUUCACGAAAUGUCUCUCGAGCUUCAACGUGGGCGACGAUUGUCCCGUCUUCGAUGGACUUUUCGACUUUUGUGCAAUGUACACGGGUGCCAGUCUCGAAGGAGCGCAAAAAUUGAACCAUAAUCACAGUGAUAUUUGUAUAAAUUGGUCCGGCGGUUUGCAUCACGCGAAGAAAUUCGAAGCUUCUGGGUUUUGUUAUGUCAACGACAUUGUCAUCGGGAUCCUGGAAUUGCUCAAGUAUCAUCCGCGCGUCAUGUAUAUCGAUAUUGAUGUGCAUCACGGUGACGGCGUGCAAGAAGCUUUUUAUCUCACGGAUCGCGUUAUGACAGUUUCUUUCCACAAAUACGGAAAUUAUUUCUUUCCCGGAACGGGAGACAUGUACGAAAUUGGUGCCGAAUCCGGGAGAUAUUAUUCCGUAAAUGUCCCGCUGAAAGAAGGCAUCGACGACGCAAGUUAUUUCCAAGUAUUUAAACCCGUUAUCUCGGCUGUCAUGGAAUUUUAUCGACCGACGGCGAUAGUUUUGCAAUGCGGAGCUGAUUCUUUGGCAGGAGAUCGUUUGGGUUGCUUUUCCCUGAGUAGCAAAGGACAUGGAGAAUGUGUGAAUUUCGUCAAAGAGCUCAAUGUGCCCGUUUUAGUUGUCGGCGGAGGCGGAUAUACGCUGCGAAAUGUCGCCCGAUGCUGGACUUAUGAAACUUCGCUGUUAAUUGACGAACAAAUCUCGAAUGAGCUGCCGAUGAACGAUUAUUUGGAGUUUUUUGCGCCCGAUUUUACGUUGCAUCCGGAAAUUGUGACGCGACAAGAUAAUGCAAACAGUAAACAGUACCUGGAUCUCAUCACGCGGCAAACGUAUGAAAAUCUUAAAAUGUGCGCACAUGCACCGAGUGUGCAAAUGUUCAAUAUUCCAGAGGAUGCAUUGCCCGAAAGAGUGAAAGACGAGCCCGACAAAGACGUGCGAAUAACACAGGAAGACGCCGACAACAUGGUAGAGCCUAAAAAUGAGUUUUACGACGGUGACAAUGACAAUGAUAAACAUGAUCCUUGAUCUCCAGUGUCAACCAAUUAAAUAAUUAAUUGUACAUAAUUUAACUUUUAAGUUGUAGGUAAAAACUUAUUUUUAACGAAAAAAAUGUCAGGACGUAAGAGAGAAAGACUUUUUAAAAAAGAAUUUGUGUAAAAUUUGUCUUCAACGAGCAUCGAGGAGGAAAUAAAACGCAGUUUUAAGCAUUUCUUAGGUGUUUAUUCGACAAAUUCGUCUUCUCUCUGGUAUUUUUAGUAUCUAUCGAGCUAUACAUAAAAUGUAUCAUACAAUUUUGA